AUGCUGGAGCAGACGGAGAGCGCAACUCUUACGGGAAAAGCAGAGACGGCGGGGAACGGAGGAUCAGAAGGAGAAGGAAUCGACGGUGAAGGCGGGAGAGUGUGGGAGAACGUGGCAAAGGCUUCUACGCGGCGGUUCGGGCAGAACGAAGGCGAAGGCGAGGAGGUGCGCGUGGUGCUGUAUCGCGACGACGCCGCGUGGUGCCCCUUCUGCCAGCGCGUGUGGCUGCAGCUCGAGGAGAAGCGCAUUCCGUACCGUUUUCCUCUCUCCUAUCGUCCCCCUCAGGGCGCGGUGCAUUUGACGCAGAUCCCAACGGUUGAGAAAAUAAACCUCAAGUGCUACGGGCCAAAGCCUGAUUGGUUCUUGGAGCUCGUGCCCAAUGGCAUGCUGCCAGCUGUCCAGCUAGACGGGCGAGUGAUCACAGAGUCCGUGACUAUAAUGAAGGAGAUCGAAGCCGCCUUCCCAAGUCACUCGCCGCUCCUCCCCCCUCCCUCUGAUGCGCACGCAGCAGAGGCAGCAGAGCAGCUGAUGGGUCUGGAGAGGGGGUUGACUGGGGCGUGGCUCAAGUGGACCAAGGGAAAGGAUGCCAUGCGCUGGCUUGCCGGUGGUAGUGGGGCCGGAAGCAGCAGCAGUGGGGGUAGCAGCAGUGUGAGCAGUAGUGGCAGCAGUAGCAGUGGCGAGGGUGCAGGCGAUGAGGAGGAGGGGGAGGGGCGGAGGGAGUUUGAGGCGGCAAUGGAUGCCAUGGAAGAGGCUUUGGUGAAGAGCGGAGGGCCUUACUUCCUUGGGAAAGAGCAGUUCUCCCUUGUUGACGUGACCCACGCGCCUCUCCUGGAGCGAUUCGCUGCCAGUGCACCGUACUGGAAAGGCCUCACAGUGCGGAACAACCCUCGCUGGCCGGCGCUCUCCCGCUGGUACGACGCCAUGGAUGCUCGACCCGCCUACCUCCCUCUCAAGUCUGACGAUUUCUCCAUCACCCACUCCCUUGUCCCGCAAAUUGGGCCGGUGAUCGCCAGCACCAAUCCAACGGCUGUGGCGCGCCGGGCUUUUAUUGAUGGAUGGGAUGGGACGGGUGCAUGGGAUCUGCCACUGGGGGAGGAGGAGACGGCGUGGGGGAGGGAGGAUGGGACGGGGGGGGAGGGGCGGAGGGCGCAGAGAGAGGUGGUGCAGGCGAUUGUGGGGAAUCAUGACAGGCUAGUGGCCUUUUGCCUGCGUUCUUUGGGGGAUUCUGCACAUGUUUCAGCCGCUACGACUACUGGGGAUGCUGCUGGUGCCAUGGGUGCUGGUGCCGCUUCUAUGAGCAGCCAGACUCAUGCGGACCAAGCUGAGCCACAGCAGCAGGCCAUCACAGCGGAAUGCCUUGCGCCAGCUGUCAGCGAGGCGUUGCGCCACGUGGCGCAUGCACUGCUGGUCGGCACAGAAGCAGCAGGCCCAUUCCCUGCCGUGUCCCAGUCACUUCAGAUGAUAAGUGGUGGGAGCAGAAUCAUCAUCCUGGCCAGCAUACUAUCCCUCUCCAUCACCUUCCCACGCGGCUGCCAGUAUCGCUGGCAUGUUGCUGACCCGCAUUGCCUGGCAGCAGUGGGAGGGGGCAAGGAGCAGGUGGCAUCUGGGUGGUGGGCUCGGGGUUUGUUGUAA